CGAACGCAUAUGCAACCGGUCAAACAGCAUCCUUUCGAAAUUUCGGAUUACGCGAUUGUUAUAAUCAACAGGUAAAAUAAAUAUUCCCUACACAGUGACCAAUCCUUGGCCUGGACGUUCCUGAGACGACAGUGAUUUUUGGAUAUUAACCGAUGUGAAAAGUGAUGAAGCAGCUGUGAUGAGUGCGACGUCUGAAUUGUGGAACUUAACUGGAUACAAAAACGUUACUCUCAACACUACCGUAUCUCCAACAAGCAUCAGUAAUUUCGCUAAAGAUCAAGGUGGACCAGGGACAGUGAUAAUAAUAAUCUAUGUGUCAAUAUUCUUCCUGGCUGUUUCUGGAAAUACGCUUGUUCUAGUUACUCUUGCUCAAAAUAAGAGAAUGAGAACCGUGACCAAUGUGUAUCUCCUGAACUUGGCCGUGUCCGAUCUCCUCCUUGGAGUAUUCUGUGUACCUUUUACUCUUGUUGGACAAGUGCUGCGAAAUUUCAUAUUUGGUGCACUAAUGUGCAAAUUGAUUCCUUAUUUUCAAGCUGUCUCAGUAUCGGUGGGCGUUUGGACUUUGGUGGCGAUAUCGUUGGAGAGGUACUUUGCAAUCUGCAGACCACUGCAGUCUCGCCGCUGGCAGACGCAGUUCCAUGCCUACAAAAUGAUUGCCUGCGUCUGGUUGGCCAGUCUCUCUUGUAAUAUUCCCAUAUUGUUCGUGUCCAGAUUAAAAGCAAUGAGAGAUGGAGGGAAACAUAAGUGUAGAGAGACAUGGCCGACACAGUUGAGUGAAAAAGUGUUCAAUUUGUUCCUUGAUGCCAUAUUGCUACUCAUCCCGCUCAUUAUCAUGAGUCUGGCCUACUCUUUGAUAGUAUCGAAGCUUUGGAAAGGAUUACAGAGAGAAAUUAAGCACAACUCAUCCUGUCGUCGAAGACUUGAUGCCGGAUCGAGUGGAGCAGUAUGUGGUGGAGGAGGAGGAGGAGGGGAUUCAGCAUUGGCCAAUGAAUCAGCGUCGCUGACGAACAACAUUCUAUCAGCAGGAAAGCUGCGUCAGCAUCGAUCACUGCAACACUUCUCCAGAGCCACAGCUAAAUACACGUCAACUUCCACUGACAAGAAAAAAGAUACAGUCAAACUGUGCUUUUUCAAGUUGCGAUUGCGCGGAAUUGCGAAUGCAAAGCAGUCACCGCACUUGGCAAUGCCACUGGUGGAUAGCAACCACGUGGCUAACGAUGCAGGUGGAGAAGUGUGCGACCACUAUUCGGAGGCCUCUGCCGACAAGGAGUCCACCUACACGUUCAGUCGUCAUGCCAUACGAUCCAACUACAUGGAUAAGAGCAUCGAGGCUAAGAAAAAGGUUAUACGUAUGCUGUUCGUGGUAGUGGGGGAGUUUUUCAUAUGCUGGACACCAAUACAUAUCUUGAACACCGUCUACCUGUUCAAUCCAGACUUUUUCCGAACCUACCUGGGAAAUUAUCUGUACCUGGUACAGAUUCUAGCUUAUGUUAGCUCCUGCUGCAACCCAAUAACAUACUGCUUCAUGAAUCGCAAAUUCCGACAAGCAUUUCUUAGCAUAUUCAAGUGCUAUCAAUGUGCAAGAAUAUGUUGCUUUUGCUCGGGAGCUGCUGUUGACGGACCUUUGGGAGCAUGCAGCCAGUUGGAAGAGCCGGGACCAUCUGGCCAGAACAACUCUGAACUCUCAGCAAACGAUUCAACUCUCUAUGUGGGGAGAGGAUGUCGAUCAGAAGUGGUGGUACUGGACGGGGAAGAGCGUGUUUAGCAAUGGCUGCCCCGGGCACGACGAGCCCACUUUCCUAUACAGAGUCGUCUGGAAAGAGCAUCGAUCAAAUUUAAACGACCCCGCAAAGUUCUGCUGAGAACAACCUCUUUCUAAUCUGUGAUAAAAUAGUUACUUUGCAAUGUAAUAGUGCCAAUGGCCAAGAACAAUAGCCUCCACAAAUAUAAGUUUAAGUUGCGUAAAUGGCUCAAAGUAUAUAAGGGAUCACGUUUCUGCCAAUAAUAAG